CGGGGCGCAGCACCGGGGUGAUCAAUGCCCUUGGCGUUCCCCCCGACCCUGGGAUGGUCCUGCCCGGGCGCGAUCAGCUGCCGGAGCCCGGCGCUGCGUCACUCCGCGCCGGGAGAGGGGCUCGGGGCUGCUCCGCCUGCAGCAUGGAGAAAGGACUGGUUGUUACUCAGCUGGAUGUUGAGCCUGGCGAGUGCAUCAAGGUCAAAGGGAAGAUCCAGUCUGAUGCCAAAGGGUUUGCUGUGAAUGUGGGAAAGGACAGCAACACCCUCAUGCUGCAUUUCAACCCUCGCUUCGACUGUCACGGGGAUGUCAACACCAUCGUGUGCAACUCCAAGGAGGAUGGCGUGUGGGGGGAGGAGGACAGGAAGGCCGACUUCCCCUUCCAGCAUGGUGACAAGAUUGAGAUAUGCAUCUCCUUCGAUGAAACUGAGGCCACGGUGAAGCUGCCCGAGGCAGAGUUCAAGUUCCCAAAUCGGCUGGGCAUGGAGAAAAUUGAAUACCUGGCUGUGGAGGGUGACUUCAAAGUCAAAGCCAUAAAGUUCAGCUAACAGCUAUAGCUUGGUUUGUUUUGUUUUCUGCUCCCUGCAUAGUGAAAUAAACCAAAACUUGCAA